AUGCUGGCACUUCCACUAACACUUCUCCUAAGCGGCGCCGUAUUGUCAAACAUUGCGGGCACCACCCUGGCCAGCGGCGGCUACGAGUACCACGCACCUCAGCUGCAGUAUGGAGCGGUCCCUGCAACCGCCAACAUUGUUCAGUAUCACGAGCAGGACGCACACGGACAAUACACCUAUGGGUAUACAGCACCACUGCACUCCAAGCACGAGACACGCACUCUCGAUGGGAUUACUCGCGGCACCUACUCCUACAUCGAUGCAGCGGGUCAGCUGCAAACUGUGGACUACACUGCCGACGCGACGGGAUUUCGGGUGGCUGCAACAAACCUACCGAGCAGCGGGCAUUUAAAGCCCAACGAGGAAACACCCGAGGUGGCCGCACUACGGGCCCAACAUCUGGAAGCGCAUGCGCAGGCAAAGCUGCGUCUGGCCGGCGGCUCCUCACUGUCCGACAUUCUGCCGCAACCUGUGCAGGAUACACCCGAAGUGGCAGCCGCUAAGGUGGCAUUCUUCAAGCGUUUCGAAGUGGAGAAGCUGCGCAAUCAGCUCCUUAGCCAUCAGCAACCACAGAAUCUGCCGAGCUUCAAAAUAUUGUCUCAACCGAUUUACGUUAAAACCCCACCAGUCAGCGGUUUCGUCUACAACUACAAAUUACAGGCACCAAAUCGAGAAUAUUUGCCAGUAGCCUAG